AUUUGGCUUGUGCGAAUUCGUUCCAGGCGGGUCGCCGUGGUUGGAUUCCGGUGCGCCGCUCGCCGCUGUGCUGCCGAUCUAUAAUACAACCGCACGGACGAGCCCCGCUAACCCACUAGCCCGUUACGUGAAAACCCAUUAGCCCGCGAGGCCACACCCCUAUGGCCCUAUGGGCCUAUUCGGAUCACACCCGCGAAGCAACAGCCCCCGUCUCUUCUCUCUCUAGCCUCCUUCCCCACCUCUGUGCCUAGGCUCGCAGGGGGCGACCGUACCGUGGCCUCCGACCUCCCGCCGCGCUGGAGGCGCUCUCUUCCGGCUACAAGCGCGCCGCCAAGGCGCCCCCCCUGUCUUGGGCAUGCCUCUGCGCCGCCGCAGCCGCGUCGCUCGAGGGCUCGCCGACUAGGAGUGUUGCCCAAUGUGGCCGCCUAGGCGCUAGGUGACACCAUCCUGCCUAAUCACUGAUUAGGUGCUAGGAGCUGGUCUGCCACCCGACUAUCGCCUAGCGCCUAUGGGAACACUGAUCACAUGGCCACCAGCUAGCUACCAUGUCUCCUAACUUUUUAUAUCCAGGCGGUGUAGUCGGCAUGUCUUUUGGAAAGCACCCUUCUGGUAAUGCGGCCUCCAUUAGUAUGGCACCCUUGGAUUUCCCAAGUCAGGGUCAGGAACUUGAGAAGGUUAAUCCUGUGAAUUCAGUGAUGUCAGCUGAUGUUGCAUCCAUGGCUGAUGUUCAUAUUGAUAUGAGAGAAAUUUACUUUCUCAUUAUGCAUUUUUUAUCUCUUGGUCCAUUUAAACGAACCUUUGGAGAAAUGUGCAAUGAACUCCUGGAGCAUCAACUGCUACCUAGAAGAUACCAUGCUUGGUAUUCACGUGGUGGUUUCUAUAGUGGUGAAGAAAAUGAUGAUGGCAUAUCAGUCCCUUUAGGUUACCUAAAGUUAGUCGAGAGGUACCCCCACAUUGGUAAAGACCACUUGGUAAAGCUUUUAAAACAACUGAUGGCUACUUCCUGCCACCCGCACAGCUUGGUUGGAGGAGGUUCUCCAAAUGCUGCUGAUGUCCCAACACUUCUUGGCUCCAACUCCUUUUCACUUCUUGCAUCUGAUAGGGGCAGGCAAGAUAAGGAAACUCCCAGGCUGCCGAGUUAUCUCCGUUGGCCGCACAUACAGACUGAUCAAGUUCAUGGCCUAAGUUUGAGAGAGAUUGGUGGUUUUACUAAGCAUUGUCGAGCUCCGUCUGUACGUGCAUCGUGCUAUGCCAUCGCGAAGCCAUCUACCCUUGUUGAAAAGAUGCAAAUUAUAAAGAGAUUGAGGGGACAUCAAAAUGCUGUGUAUUGUGCUACUUUUGAUCGUGUGGGGCGUUAUGUUAUUACUGGUUCUGAUGAUCGCCUUGUUAAAAUUUGGGCGAUGGAAACAACAUUCUGUCUGGCUAGCUGCCGGGGUCAUGAAGGUGAUAUUACUGAUCUUGCAGUGAGUUCCAAUAAUGCUGUGGUAGCAUCUUCAUCUAAUGAUUUUGUUAUUAGGGUGUGGCGUAUGCCUGAUGGAAUGCCAAUCGCAGUGCUCAAGGGGCAUACAGGUGCAGUUACUGCUAUUGCAUUUAGUCCAAGGCCAGGUGCUGCCUUCCAGCUGUUGUCAUCAUCAGAUGAUGGGACAUGCAGGAUUUGGGAUGCUAGAUACUCUCAAGAACCCCUACGAAUAUAUAUACCAAAACCUCCAGAUGCUGCCCCUGGGAAGAGUGGUGAUGCAUCUUCUAGCGCUGCUCAAGUUCAGCAAACAAAUCACCAAAUCUUAUGUUGCGCAUUCAAUGCUAAUGGAACUGUGUUUGUCACUGGCAGCUCAGACACAUUUGCAAGGGUGUGGAAUGCUUGCAAGAGUUCUUCUGAGGAACAUGACCAACCGAAUCAUGAGAUGGAUCUAUUAUCUGGGCAUGAAAAUGAUGUAAACUAUGUGCAGUUUAGUGGAUGUGCUGUGGCUUCUAGAUCUUUUUCGUCUGAUUCCAGUCAUACCACUAAGGAAGAAAGUAGCCUUAAGCUAAGAAAUUCCUGGUUCACACAUAAUAUUGUUACCUGCUCUCGUGAUGGCAGUGCAAUUAUAUGGGUUCCGCGAUCUCGGAGGUCACAUGGAAAGGUUGGACGCUGGACACGUGCUUACCAUCUUAAAGUUCCUCCGCCUCCAAUGGCUCCUCAACCGCCUCGAGGCGGUCCUCGUCAAAGAUAUCAACCAACUCCUCGUGGUGUCAAUAUGAUUGUUUGGAGUCUGGACAACCGUUUCGUGCUUGCUGCUAUCAUGGACUGCAGAAUUUGUGUAUGGAAUGCUUCUGAUGGUAGCUUGGUGCAUUCAUUGAUUGGCCAUAAGGAAUCGACAUUUGUUCUUGAUGUCCAUCCAUUCAACCCUCGUAUCGCUAUGAGUGCUGGGUAUGAUGGAAUGACAAUCAUCUGGGAUAUAUGGGAAGGAAAACCUGUACAGAUAUAUGAAACUGGGCAUUUUAAGCUAGUUGAUGGGAAGUUCUCUCCGGAUGGUACAUCACUUAUUCUAACCGACGAAAUUGGGCAAAUAUUCAUUAUUGGUACGGGGCAAGGAGAGUCCCAGAAGGACGCGAAAUAUGAUCAGUUCUUCCUUGGAGACUAUCGGCCCCUUAUCCGAGAUACAACUGGAAAUGUUAUUGAUCAGGAAACACAGCUUAUACCGUAUAGGAGAAAUAUGCAAGACCUUUUGUGUGAUUCUAGUAUGAUACCAUAUCCAGAGCCCUUUCAGAGUAUGUACCAGAAACGCCGGUUAGGUACCCUUGGUAUUGAGUGGCGACCUCCCUCUGUGAAUUUUGCUGUUGGCCCCACUUACAAUGCAACCACUGGAGAAUACCAAACCAUCCCAAUUAUUGAUCCGGAUAGGUGGGAACCACUUCUAGAGAUAACAGACUUCGUUGAGCUUGAACCAGAAAACGAAGUUAUCUCUGAUGAUACUGAUUCUGAGUACAAUGGCAUGGAUGAGUAUUCUAGUGAAGGAGAACAGGAGAUUUUGAGUGUUGAUUCCUCAGGUGCUUCAUACUCGAUUGCAGAGAUUGAUGCUGAUGAUCCUACUAGUGCUGCUCAUCUCCGCAGAUCGAGAAGAAAGAAGAAAAAAUCUGAUCCUGACCUUGUUACUUCAUCUGGUCGGCGAGUUAAGAAAAUAAAUUUGGAUGAGCAUGAUGUUGCUACAGUUUCAAGGCCACAUAGAUGUAGGAAGUCUAGGAAUGGUCGAUCUAGCAAAAGGAAAAGAUCCCCUAAAUCUAGGGGAUUGCGACCGCAAAGACGUGCUGCUCGCAAUGCACGCAAUUUUUUGUCAAAGAUGGGAGCUUCAACAGAAGAGGAUGAAGAUGACUCAGAGGGCAGUUUCUCAGACAGUGAAUUGAACACGGAUAGCACUGAAGCUGAACAGUUAGAAUGGAACGGCCAGCUAAGAAUUGGCAGAGAGAUUAACUGCCAUUAUGACUCCGAAGAUGUUACACAACCUUCUUGGUUCACUGAAACUAAGGGAAAUUCUGGAACUAAUAGAAAAUUAGUCCUCAGGAUACCACGACGUGAUUUAAAAAUUGAAUUUCCUUCGGGAAGUGGAAAAGCAGAACGCUCCGCUCAGGAUAAAGCAGUGAUGUCACUUGCUCCAGCUAAUCAUGAAUCAGUUGAGCCAGAACUAACUAUCGAGCCUGGACAUUCCUCUGCUUGCAAGGCUGAAUUUACGACAGAUGGAGUGCAAACUGAGACCUCUGAUCUGCAAGAUGUUUGUGCUAUUCACAGUAACAACUCAAUCAAAUGGGGUGAGGUUAAGAUGCGAUCAUCAAAGCGUUGCAAGUUCAGUGAUUCAGCAGGAGGCAUGUGGUCCACUUCAAAUAAUGCUGUUUCACAGGAUGUUGAUGAGUCAGGUAGUCAGGAGAUGCGUCAUGAAUACAGUGAUGACAUCCAGGGACGUGUUGAGCAGAAUGUACAAGAAAUCCAACUCGCAAUAAAUCUGGAUAAAAUUCAGGAAAACCACAGUAUUGAUGAGUACAGCGUAGAUAAUUUGCCAGAUAAAGAAAAGAUAACUAACAACAAUAAUACUCGUGCAGAUGGAGAGAAUAACAUGGAACAAGUCCGCAAUACUUCUCAGUCUAAAUCCUUGAAACUGAAGUUCAGGUCAAGAGGCUCUGCAGAUGGAGCAAAUUUAUCAGACAAAUCAAGAACUACUGCAGUAGAAAAUAUCACAAACUCUGAGCAUGUUAAAGAUUCUGUGCAGCAUGAUGAGGAUUCUGCCAAUCAACAUAGGAGUGCUGAUUUCCUCAAUGUGUCCAGAAGCUUUCCAGAAUGUACAGAUAAAAGCACUGGUUUGCAUGAUUCAAAAAAAUUGGAUUCUGCAAAGUCAUACACUGCAGUGUACAAGAGGUCAAAGCCAAAUAACAGGAAAAAAUUGGAUUCAGAUGAAUAUACAAACGAGGAUAGCACUUCUAUUUCCAACGAUGGUGGUGGGUACCAACCUCCAGAACAUAGUCCUGUUACAGCUGCUAGCGGUAGAUUGCGAAGAAGUGCAAGGAGGUCAUAUGCAUACUCCGGUGAUGGUACGACAGGGGAUGAUACUUCUCAAGUGAAAGAUUCUUAUUGUUCCCAUGAAGCAUCAACUAGUGGAAGACGAAUUGUCACAGAUGUGCGUGAAGUAAUGUGGAGAUCAACCUCAAAAACUGUUGGUUUAAGGUCUGCUAGGAACAAAAGAGAUAGUUGCAACUUUCCUGAUACAUAUCUAUCGGGGAAAAGGCACCAGGUAUCCGUAAAGUAUUCGUGGUUGAUGUUGCGUGAGCAUGAAGAUAGCUACCGUUAUAUUCCUCAACUUGGCGACGAGGUUCUGUACUUGGGACAGGGUCAUGAAGAAUAUCUUGAAGUAGGGCGUUCACCAGAUUACUGCCCAUGGAAUCGGAUCAAAGGCCUUAAAGCUGUAGAACUUUGCAAAAUUCAGGGUCUUGAUUACACUACUUUCAGAGGAUCUGGUGAAAGCUGCUGUAAAUUAACUGUUGAAUUUGUUGAUGGCACUUCUAGUGGAUUUGGUAGAAAAUUUGUUAUCACCUUGCCUGAGCUAGUUAACUUCCCAGAUUUUCUUGUGGAAAAAACAAGGUAUGACGCUGCUAUUGAGCGGAAUUGGACCCACAGAGAUAAGUGCAAAGUUUGGUGGAGGGAUGAGGGAGUGGAAGGGGGAACUUGGUGGGAGGGACGGGUGUUGUCAGUGAAACCUAAAUCACCUGAUUUUCCGGAGAGUCCAUGGGAGAAAUAUGUCAUCCAGUAUAAGAAUGAUGGUUCAGAUCACCCGCAUAGCCCCUGGGAACUUCAUGAUGUUGGCAAUUUAUGGGCUCCAUGGAAACAUCCACAUAUUGAUCUCAGGAUUAGAAAUAAAUUGCUAUCGCAAGUGCAAAAUUUGCAGGAAAUGUCUCAUAGAAAUCAGGAUCGUUAUGGUGUUUUAAAGUUGGAUAAGGUUGCAGAAAAGUCCGAUUUCGUAAACAGGUUUCCUGUCCAAUUUUCGAUUGAGGUGAUCAAGACAAGACUAGAUAAUAAUUACUACAGAACUCUGGAGGCUGUCCGACAUGAUGCCACUGUGGUGACUGCAAAUGCCCAGUCUUACUUUUCAAAGAGCACUGAAAUGACCAAAAAGAUUCGCAAGCUCGCUGAGUGGAUCGAACAAACCUUUUCGUCACUGUAGGGGAUGUUGCUCGAUGCCUAAUUGAUAUCCUUCUAUGUUAGCAGAAGUUUUGCCUCAGCCAUUGAGAUGAUUCUACGUGGUGCUACUGAGGCAUAAUUUUGUUAGAGGAAUUAACUAAAGUAGUUCUCAGGUUGGAAAGAAUUUCAGAUGUAGCUCAGCCGCUUAAACUGUUUGAUCCCUCGUUUGCGGAUACAAGCGAUCUUAACUAACACCUCUGACCAUUUGAUCCUCUGUUGUCAAGACAAAAUGAUUCAUUCUAUUGGACAGAAAAAUACUUUUGA